AUGACCAUUACCACAUCUACCCUCGAGAACAGCAAUAAAACACCUCAGCGACUCCUCCUCAUUAGUGUACCCCGUACCGCAUCGAAUCUCCUCCUGAAAAUCCUCAACCUCCCCAACCAACCGAACGCCUUGACCAACGAAAGAGGCGGCUAUUUCUUCCACGACGCCUUCGAGGCAUCCGGCAAGGAUGGUCGCUUACAAAAGCCUCUCUGCCAAUGGACAGCAGACCAAAAGAACCAGACCACAGCCGCCCUCCAACAAGCCGUCGACAAACUCGAAAGCUAUACCACCCGAGCCCAUACCGAGAACAAAAUCAUGUUCACCAAAGAACAUGCUUUCUGGUUCCUGAACCCAGGCGCGUUCACAAGCACUGUGAAUGGCCCCGAGAAACCCGAGGAUCUGGAACAGUUCCAGGUAUCGGUGCCAGAAUGCUACGGGCCGUCGCGGACAUUCUCCCCGAACAACCAGACCGUUCUGCCAGAUGAAUACCUGCGCACGUGGCGGCUUGCUUUCAUCAUCCGUCACCCGGCGCUAGCCUGGCCAUCGAUGUAUCGUGCGAUGCAGAAACUGUCCGAGGCAGGGUUUACGGACGAAGAUGGUGUCAAGGGAGUCUCGGUGGUGAAUAUGAGCUUUAAAUGGACGCGGAAGCUGUUUGACUGGUGUAUCGAGCAGUCAGAUAGAUCUGUUACGCCGUUGGUCAUUGAUGCAAACGAUGUGAUUCGGAAUCCAGACGUUGUGGCUAAGUUUUGUGAGAACGCUGGGUUGGAUAUUGCAUCUAUGCAGUAUGAGUGGACUGAAGCGAGAAAUAAGUCUGAUAGCUCGAAGCCUCCCUGUGUCGAUGUUGGUGGUACGCAGGUGCUGGAUUUGAAGCAGCAAGGUCAUUCUAUCUUUUUGUCGACGUUGCAGGAGUCGACUGGUGUUGUUAAAGAUAAGGCGCCGGUGUUGGUUGAUAUUGAUGCUGAAGUUGCUAAGUGGCGUGUGGAGUUUGGGGAUGAGGCUGCUGGACUGAUUGAGAAGGCAACGCGGGAUGCUUUGCCUGAUUAUGAGUAUUUGAGGGCGCAUAGGGUUGUUGUAUAA